ACCUGCGUCAAACUGGGCCAGUGGGCUAGCACCCGGAGGGACCUCUUCUCCGAGGCCUUCUGCGAUGAGUUUUCCAAGCUGCACGUCGAGGUGAGCCCGCACCCGUGGGGCCACACCACUGAGCUCCUAAGGAAGGCCUUUGGUGAGGACUGGACGGGCAUUCUCAAGUUCCAAAGCCAGGAGCCGGUUGGCUCAGGCUGCGUCGCCCAGGUGUAUAAAGCCUAUGCUGACCUCACAGCUAUCGCUGGCUCCCAGGCCAAGGAGCUAGCACGAAGCUCGGAGUUACGGUCCGCUUUCGAAGCGUGGGAAGUGUCAGGCUUCAGAGGCCUCCUCAGGUGGCUGAGGAGAAGGAAAAGCGAGGAGAUGUGGGAUGACAGGACCAGGGAGGAGCUGAACCCAGCAGACUGCUGCCAGGGAAGUCCAGUGAGUGGACUGGCCAAACCACUCCUGAAUGCAAAUCCUUCAUCAGCCAGACAUCUCACGCCUGUAGCCAUUAAAGUCCUGCACCCUGGGCUAGUCCACCAAGUCCAGAUGGAUCUGUUUCUCAUGAAGAUGGGUAGCCACAUCAUUGGACUUCUUCCUGGAUUCAAGUGGCUCAGUUUGACAGAGAUUGUGGAGGAGUUUGAGAAGCUUAUGAUUCAGCAGAUUGACUUACGUUACGAAGCCAGAAAUCUGGAGCGCUUCCAACAAAAUUUCUUGGAUGUCGAUUUUGUGAAGUUCCCAGCUCCCCUUCGGCCUUUGGUAACGACAGAUGUUCUAGUGGAAACGUUUGAGGAGAGUGAGCCUAUUUCACACUACCUGCACGCGGAGAUUGCCACAGAGCUGAGGCAAAGACUUGCAAAGAUGGGCAUGGACAUGCUGCUAAAGAUGGUCUUUGUUGACAACUUUGUUCAUGCUGACCUGCACCCUGGGAACAUCCUGGUUCAAGGCCCAGCCUAUGGCAGCACUAGCUGCAAGGAGCAGACGGCCAUCGUGGACCUGUGUGACACACUUGUGGUGGAAGUGCAGCCGCCCCUCAGGCGGCUCUGCCUGGUGCUGCUGGAUGCUGGGAUCGUGGCAGAGCUGCAGAGUGCUGACAUGCAGAACUUCCGGGCAGUUUUCACAGCUGUGGUCCAAGGCCAGGGGGAGAGAGUGGCAGAACUGAUCCUUCAUCAUGCCCGUGCUAACCAGUGCCAGGAUAUUGAGCGAUUCAAAGCUGAGAUGGCAGAACUAGUGACCAAGGUCCGGGGGAACACCAUUGCCCUUGGAAAGCUUCAGGUGGGAAGUCUCCUCUCAAAUGUCUUUAAGCUAUUGAUGACCCAUAAGGUGAAGCUCGAGAGCAAUUUUGCUUCCAUCAUCUUUGCCAUCAUGGUUCUGGAAGGUCUUGGUCGUUCACUGGACCCUGAACUGGACAUCCUUGAGGCAGCUAAACCACUGCUCAUCAGAACUGCAGCUUCUGUCCUUGAAUAG